UUACACCAUGACGUCAUUCUCAGUGGUCACGUACGUCCGAACCAUGUCCACAAGGCGGCGCUACGUGACAAUGGCCCUCCUCCUUUCACUGUUCCUCGUCAUAGUAUUAGCUUCAAUCAACAACUACUCCGCAUCACACGUAGUACCAGCAUCACCUCUGCCGCUGAAACAAGAUGCCUGUAAGAUUGUUGACAUCAAAACCGUGGAUACCUCUGCAAACUUUGACUGCGUCGAUUUCUACACUUGGAAAGGAAAAACUCCAAUUUGUAUUUACGACACUUCUUCAGAUGCAUGGGUAUCGAAGAGUUUAAAAGAAACCGGAAAAUGGGAGUCCUACAUGACAAAUAAACUGCAAGAAUUCCUGGCCUCGGAUCCCGAUUUGCAUUUAAUUGACGUUGGAGCAAAUUUAGGUGUCUUCACAUUGACCGCGGCGGCGAAUGGCCGCACUGUGGUCUCAGUUGAACCACUCUGGGAUAAUGCCGUCCGUCUGUCCAAGUCCAUCAAGCUUGGGCACUUUGAGGACCAGGUUACUAUUGUGAAUAACGCGGUAUCUAAUGGUUACUUAAAAGCCACAUUCUUCCGUCCGUUCGAGAACGCUGGAGGGUCGCACAUCAUUACUUUGAGUGAAACGGACAACCGUAAGGACACCGUUGAUACGAUUCUCAUGGACAACCUUCUUGAAGUUGUAACAUUCAAAAAAGCUGUUAUGAAAAUGGAUAUUGAGGGACACGAAAUAUGGGCACUAGAGGGCGCACAUAGACUGUUUGAGGAGGUGGAUAUUAGGUAUUUGUUCAUAGAGUGGCCAGGAAUCAGCAAAACCAGUGCCGUCCAAGGAUUGGUGGACUUUUUGACGCGACGGAACUACUUGGCGUACACGAUCUCGGGGUCGCGAUUGAGGAUGUACGGCUGGCCAUUCAACCAUGCCUGGCCUGAGAACGUGAUGUGGGUGAAGCAGGUGUGAGUCUUAAACGGGUUGACAAUUCGGAAAAACGAAAUCCGAAAUGAAGGGAACUCAGACAGGAGCAAGGGGUUCAAAUUGGUAGUCUUCAGGCGACUUGAAGCACAACUGUAAAAAGGGGUCUGGAUAAGUUUAAUUUGGUUCAGCGAUUAUUAUAUUCCUCCUCCCUUUGUACAAUACAAGGUGUGGUCUAUUUGUCAAGCAGUUGUCGGGUUGAGAAGCCGACGGGCAGGCGCGAAUUGAAAUUUUGACAAAAAAUGCCCGCAAAUUCAAUUCUUGAAAUGCAUUUUAUGCUGGGACAUUUGCUAGAAUCAAACAGCAACCUGAGGGAUACUAUUUUGCAGGGGUACCGUGACUCAUUCGUGUUCCGCUGCCCGGCGAUAUCCGUCUUUAUAGUGAACCACCAAGGAUUUGGCAUCAAUAUGAUCCCGGGUACAGAUUGGGAGGUUCAAGAUGCCCGAGAUCGAGACAGAGCCCAAAAAAUAUCCAACAUUUAAACAUACCGUAGUUAUACUGAGAAAAUUCUCCACUUAGUUACUAGGUCUGCACUUCUAACAUUACAUAAGUGCGUUUUUUUCCUGUUAAAUGCAUUCGAAGAGUUAUUUGUAUUAUCAACUGGCAUCGUCAGCAGCCUAUUGAUUGUCAUAUUUCUUCCAAAUCAACCACUGAAAUUGUUUUUUUUUUAAAAAGUGGAAAUUAUCAUUUG